AUGAACGUGGGAACAGCACACAGCGAGGUGAACCCCAACACGCGGGUGAUGAACAGCCGCGGCAUCUGGCUCUCGUACGUGCUGGCCAUUGGGCUUCUCCACGUCGUACUGCUCAGCAUCCCCUUUGUGAGCGUCCCCGUCGUCUGGACCCUCACCAACCUCAUCCACAACAUGGGCAUGUACAUCUUCCUGCACACAGUGAAGGGGACACCCUUUGAGACCCCGGACCAGGGCAAGGCGAGGCUGCUCACCCACUGGGAGCAGAUGGACUAUGGGGUCCAGUUCACCGCGUCUCGGAAAUUCCUGACCAUCACACCCAUCGUGCUGUACUUCCUCACCAGCUUCUAUACCAAGUACGACCAGAUCCAUUUCAUCCUCAACACUGUGUCUUUGAUGAGUGUGCUCAUUCCCAAGCUGCCCCAGCUCCACGGAGUCCGGAUUUUUGGAAUCAACAAGUACUGA